AUGACGGCCAGGUCGCCAGAACCCAUGGCCAAUAACACCACAGUGCAGAAUACAUGUCCCAACGGAGGAGCUGCGAAGAGAAAGGUCGAUGACGUCUUCUCGAGUAAUGGUAAAGGAGAGGAAAAGGAGAAUGAGCGGGCAGAGAAGAGGCAGGCCGUACAAGCACCGUGCUCUUCACUAGUCGAGAUCAAAAACAAGAAGAUUGUCUUCAAGCAAGCGCCCCACAACCGCGUUCUUCCUAGAAGAAAGCUCAUCAAUCUCGAGACGUACCUGCUCGACCAGGUGGAGGAACAGAAACAAGUCACAGAGAUUCCCGAGGAACACUGGUCCAUCAUCGCCAUGGCCGGGCACGAACUGACUGGUGCUACUGAAGGCAUCUUCUUGAAGCAGCUCAAAACCGCUCUCAACAUCCCGACCGAUCAAGACCUUCUGCCCAACUCUGUCCUGACACCAUUGAUACGCCGACUCUUCGCCCUCCACCAAUACGGGUUCCUCCCUUCCGACUUUCCUCCUCCCCCUCCCCGUCUUCCUGCGCACCUCCAAGUACGUUGUUGGCAAGUUGUCGACCUCCCCAAAUACUUUCCUUCAGAACAGCUCGAAUUGCUUCAAGCGCGCCAGGAAGAGCGAGAAAAGGCGAGAGAAGAAUGUAUCGGGAUCAUGACAAGCUUGGAUGACGUGGAAAAGCACGAGCUGUUGGGGAAGAAGGACGAUAAGGAUAAAGAGACGCCUGCGAAGGUGGCUGCGGUGCCGAAAGAGAAGCCGACGUCGGCAAUCUUUAGUCGUGCGAGCGAGGGGCCAGAGGAAGCUGGAUCUUCGAUCAGGGGGUCGUCCCCUGUCAAGAUGGAAAGCGCAUCUUCGCCUAUCAAACCUGGAAAGACGCCCGAGGAGGUACGUCCCCGUUCAUCGUGUGAUGGAAACGGUGUUGAUGCAGAGGUCAAGAUUGAAGCUGCCAAGGCCAAGAAACAAGAGAGAGAAGAGAAGAAGGCUGUGUUGGCUGAAAAGAAGGCAGCGAAGGACAAGGAAGCCAAGAAGAAGGAAGAAGCCACUGCCAAACAAGCUAAAAAGAUGUCCAUGUUCUUCAAGACCAAAACAACCUCUGCGCCCAAGGCUUCACCGGCUAGCUCAAGCUCGCCCCAAAAGAAGGGGGAGGAGGAGAGCGACUAUAAAAGGGUAUUCAGGCCCUUACCGACAAAGAAGCAUAUCCAAGUCGCCAAAGAAAAUCGAUGGGUUGAGCAAAAGAGAUCGAGAGAGGACAAGGCGGAGGAGGUCGAAGGAUGGUCAUCUAGAGACUUUAUCAACGAUCAUCUCAAGACACACAAUCAUCAAUCCCGCAUUCCCCGCCGCAUCUUCCCCUCAGGCAUCAAGUCGGCCCCCAUAAACGGCUCCAUCGCCGACGUUUGGGCCACCCUUCAAGAAGCCGAAGAACCCCGCGACGUCUUUGAGCAGUUGAAGGAUAGGCGCCGCUUCCCUUGGAAGACUCUUGCGUUCGACCAUCAGCCCAGACCGCCUUAUAGCGGGACGUUUACGAAAAAGUCGUUGCUCGUCGGACCAAGAACGCCGUUUGCCCAGGACCCAGUCUUUGACUACUCGAUCGACUCGGGAGAUGAGUGGGAGGAAGACGAAGGCGGAGAAGAUGUUGAUGACUUUGGCGGGGGCGGAGAAAAGGCAGAAGAGGAAGAUGAUGACGAAGAUGAGGAGGAGGGCGAGUUUGACGACUGGCUGGACGACUCUGAACAAGUGGAAUCUGGGCCACCUCCUCCAGAAGUGAUUGAUGUGGAUGACCCGAUGGGGUCUGUCAGCAAGUUGCCGGCCCCGGCAAAGGUGGCCAAGAAGAAGGAGCCGGUGAAACGAAUCGUCAAGCUUGUGCCGACUUGGAAGGGGCCUUUGUGGGAGACCAAGAUUGGUGAAAAGGGGACCGAAGGGUUGGAGUCGUAUCGUAUUCAGCUGCUGAACGAUACUCCUGCACAAAUAGACCCCUUCACGUACAUCUCUCCCGAUCCCGCCCAAGAGUACAAAGCCGACUAUGGCAUCGCCGUCAUUGGGCCCAACUCGAAUAUCAAAUGCCUUCUUUCAGCCGAGCUCAUCCCUCAAAAACCACCACCCUCUGCACUACCCAAAGACGCUCCUCAAAAGCCUCGGGGCGUCGCCAAGUCCUCCUUCCCCACUGAGCUCUUGGCCGAUCUAUACAAAAUGGUUGAAGGCGACACGAGGACUGCCAAGGAUCUGGUACCCGCGCUGAGAGAACAGUUCGGAAAGGCGGCGACAAAGGUGGCGAUUGAGGCAGAAUUGAAGGAGUCGGCGAUGAAGGAAAAAAGGGGAAAAGACGACAAGAAGGGAAAGGAGAAAUGCUGGAGGGUGUACAGGGAGGCUUGGGUUGCUGCUGGGUUGACGCCCCCAGAGAAUGCUCCUUCGAAACCCGCUCCUCAACCUGCCACUGUCAAACGCACGUCCCCUUCAGCCCCUGUCGCCCAGCUAACCGCUCCCACUCAACCUCAGUCUCCCAUGGCCCCGCCCCCUCUCCCCCCGUCCGAAGUUCUGAAUGAACCCCCUACAGCAACGGAAAGUCACGAACCCAUUGUGGUUGAUUCAUGA